AAGGACCAUGUGGCUCAGACGAGGAAAUGAGGAGAAUGUGGCUCGGACUAUAUAUUGUUGUAGUUGGCCAUCCUCCCCUCCGUAGAUCUUAGUUUCACACAUACAUAAAGAUAUAGUCCAGUUGUAUGUCAACAUUCUGCAUGACUUAGUUUGAUAGAAUAAGAUAGAAAAUGGUGAAGAUAACUUUGUUAUUUUUGAUAAUACAAUUCACUCACAAAUGUUUAGCGGAACCUGAAGACACAGGAGCCUCCCAGUUUUGUACACUCAAGUCAGGAGAAGAAUUAAAUGAUGAGAACUGCGGAAGUAAAACAAAGGAAGAAGAGAAGAAGGAAGAAGAAAACGAGGAAAUGGAGAAAUAUGAAAAAAUAAAAUGGACGACUGCAGAUGAUUACAAGUUACGAGAUAUAUUAGACGCGGGAGAUGAUAAAAUUGGAACUAAGCCUAGAGAAGCAAUUAAAAUUUUUUCAGAAUUGUUAGAGUCUCAUCCUAAUUCACAAAGAGCUAGAUACUCGUUAGCAAAGACUUAUCAAGUAAUGGUUUGGAGCUCCAAUUCUACAGAAGAAAAAGAAGAAUUCUGUUCUAAAUCAGUUCAACAUCUGAAGCAUAUUCUUAAUGAUAUAAGCAGGGAAGUGUUGAAUAAACAUGUAGCUGGAUCCGCUACUCAUCUUUAUAUUGAUUUAGCUCAACACGAUUGCAGAAACGGGCAUGAGCAGAUUGUAGAUGCAAUGCAGUAUCAUGAAGAAAUAAAUUCUACCUUAAGUGUCCUCACUUUCUAUGCUAUAGAACAAUUUAUCUGUGGAAAGUAUGAUGAGUGCGCAAAGACAGUAGAAGUUGGUCUAGAGAAGUUUAAAGACGACUUCUUUCUCAAAUUGAUGAAAGCAACGUUGAUGAAGAAAAGAGGAGAUACAAAAGAUGGAAAUAAGUUAAUACGAUCCGUUGAUAUUGAAGAGGUGUUGGAAAAUCUACCUAAAGAUAGGGCUGUAGAAAUGAAGGGAAGAGCUAUCAUGGAUCUUAACUAUUUAUGUCUUGAAAUGAGUAAACAGGGAAAGUCUGCUGAAAUGGAUUCUAUGCUAAAAGAUUCUUCAAAACUUCAUCUUAUUCCAUCAAAAUACCAGAGAUGCAUUGACUACAAUCCAAAGCUGACGGCCAAACCGGUUUGGAGUGUGAAAGAUCUGAAAUCUAAAAACAGAUGGUUGAGCAAACAGAGUUUGGUGACUCCAAACCUCCUUUCAAGGGAGCUGAGCCUAAUCCAAGAUAGUUGGAAGGAUAUCAAGGUGGAGAUUGACCCCCUGCUGCUCAACCUGACCUCUGAGUCCUGGUGGACGGAUAGCUCCAUGCUGGUGAAGAUAGGAAGGAUGCAUCAGUUUAUCUUCUACAGCUGGGGGAAAAAGAAAAGAACCUCAUGUUCUCUAACCCCGAGAAUAUGCAAGCUGUUGAAAAAGUUUGAAGGAGCUAGUAACUGUAAACAAUGCAGUCAGAAGUUAAUUGUUUUGGAGGAAAACACAGACCUGGCGACACACGUUGGACCUACAAACAACAGAUUAAGGUAUAAAAGUUAA